AUGACGGAAACUGAACCAAAACAACCACCUAACCCAAUUGAACAAGCCUGCGACUCUUGUCGAAAGCGCAAGUUGAAAUGCUCCAAGGAGUUCCCACGCUGCUCAAAAUGUAUCCAACACAAAUGGUGUUGCUCGUAUAGUCCCAGAACAAUCCGGUCUCCCUUGACAAGAGCCCAUUUAACUGAAGUCGAAACCAGAGUAACUCAAUUGGAAGGAAUACUCCGCUAUUUACUACCUAGCGAGAAUAUUGACGAUAUGAUAAACGACCACGACAAGGUCAUACUAGCACCAAUCAGGCAGAAAUUACAACCUCCAGCAAAGCCGUGUGCCUCCUCAGAAACACAUUCUCCCAUAAACUCAAUCACUUACCCUUUACGCCAAUCAAAAUCCAACCCACUACCAGACGAAUAUCCCAAAAGCAAAAUCAAACAAGAAAUAAUGGACGAUUUUUUAUUAAACAAUAUCACCACCAAAAAUGAUUACGUCGCACCAACCGUGUUCGGCUCGUCAAUGUAUUCGACGGCACAGAGUUCUUCGUUGACGUCUCCUUCAUCGUUAUUGUCAUUGAACUCUUAUGACGGAACUAUAGAAGAAGUUUUUGAGUUAGAUCAACCUCAACUUAAAAAGGUGAAAUUAGAACCUUCAAUUUUCUCAUCUCCGGUUCCUACAGGCAGCUCGCCUACCCAAUUUACUUUAUUGAACGAUUACAAUUUAGACAUGAUAUUCGACGGGGUGGUUGAUGAAACCGUUAACGUUUGA